CGCUGCCGGUUGCGUUGCUUCUCGAAACUUAAAGUCUAUUGGCUCAGUAAUGACUGAGUGUGAUAAUAAGUUGAAUUGAAUGGGCGUUUAAAAGAAAGAAAAGAGACAGAUAAGUUGUAAGAGCGAGAUAAACUUAGUACACCUACAGCUCCAUCUGGUGAAAUCGGCGAAUCAAGAAUUUCUCAACGAAAUAGGAAGGAAUGACCGACCAAUGAAAUACGAUAUGGAUGAAAAUUCUGAAAAUCACAUGGAGACAGAUGUUUCUUCAACUACAGCUGACAUUGUAGAUAGCCAGGAGGUGACAGAGUCAGUGGGUAAUAUAGAAACUGUAAUUUUUGUUAUUAAGGUGGAUGAGGAUGGAAAAGUUCUGGAUGACCAGUCUCAACCUUCACUUGAAAACCAGAAUGAAGACAAUACCUCUACACCUGAUGAACCUACUACUCCUGGGGAACUAACACAAAUAUCACCAGAGACAAGAAAAGAGUCACAAAAAAAGGUUCACCAAGAUAGUGUUAUAUCACCACAAAAGGAAAGCCAGGCUGUUACACAAACAACUGCAAAGAUGGCCCUUAAUACUUCUACCAAAAUAUCUCCUGUUAAACUUGGGAAAGAUGUUAUAACUAACACUCCUAAAAUUAAUACAAAAGAAGCUGUUCAUUCAUCAACAAAAAAUGACUCUGCUUGUAAGACUAACACACCUACCAAGAGCCACGCUAAACUGACCAUCGGCUCUUUCUAUAAAAACAUACCAUCCAGCCAGCAGAAGCCAUCAGAAAUAUUAAAUUCAGAAAUUGAUUCACCAGGAGUUGAAAAAUCUUGUUUUACCAUGGUAAAUGCUGUGGUAGAACCAAAUGAGAUUGCUGACUCAUCUACUAGCAAUGACCAAAAUAUGGAAGAAGCCACUUCAUCUAUUCAAAAUGUCUCAAAUCAAGAGCUGGAGAAGAUAGAGUCUAAAUCAACCAAAAAGCAAUCAUCACCAGUCAAAUUAACAUCUCUACUCAUUACUCAGGAAACAAAUACUUCAAAUGUUGAAAUUGCCCUAAAACCUAACCCAGUGAUAGAUAAUCAAUGUGAAAAGUCAAAUGAAUCCCAAGUGGAAACAACCAGCUCUGAAACAAGUGAGAAAGAACACAACAAAAGCAUAAGUAGAGAACUAAAAUCCCUCAUUAACUAUGCUAAGGAAUCUAAAAUCAUAAAUGAAUGUACACAACUGAAAAGCAAGACUAGAAAGUCCAGAACUGCUUUAGAGACCUCAAGCUCUAGUCUCAAUAAUUCUGUAGAAGCUGAAAAAAUACCAGCCAGACGCAACAGCAACAAUUCAUCCAAAAGCAACUGUAGUGGGAAGUCUGAAAAACAAGCUAAGAGAUCUAUGAGGUCUCAGAAUCCAGAGUUUGUUAACAAAGUAAAGCAGUUUCUUAGUUCUGUGACUGGAAAAAUUCACAGAAAUUCUGAUGAAGAGAGUGAUACUGAUGCAUCUAAAAAUAAGAAAGAUGCUCAAAUAGAUGCUACAUCCACAAAGAAAAAAUCAUUAGAAGGAAAUCAGGUGCAAACUACAGAAAAGAAGCUUCGUGUAGACCCAUACUGCUGGCGGUGUAAUUGGGUAGCAGAACCUAACAGCGAGAAAACUCAUUCUCCAUUGCAUUGUACAGUUUGUCCACGGGCUUACCAUUACAAGUGUUUAUCUGGUACAGAGCGCAAUAAAAUCAGUAGUCGAAAGACUUGGGUGUGUCCAGAAUGUAUUCUUGUAUUGCAAGCUGAAAGUUCUGAAACCAGAUCUCCUGCUAUGAAGAAAAUUUCUCUUGGUUUACUCUGCGAGCUACUUCAGCAUGCCCUAGCCCGUAUGAUGGACCUUAAUGGGGUGGAGCCUUUCAUUAACCCCGUGGAUCGCAAAGAAUUCCCCGACUACGACAAAUACGUCGUUCACCCGAUGGACCUCAACCUCAUCAAACAGAACAUCACCAAGGGCCUGUACGGCAGCACCGAAGCUUUUCUGGCCGACGUGCAAUGGAUACUUCACAAUAGUAUCAUAUUUAACACAUUGCAAUCGAAGUUCACGAGUGGCGCGCGGGCAUUAGUUCGUCUGUGUCGGUCUGAGAUGGGCGAGAUCGAGGCGUGCCCUGAAUGUUACGCGGGCGCCUACGGACGGAAGGCCACGUGGUUCACGGACGUGUGCUCCGCGCCGCAUGUGCUGCUCUGGGCUAAGCUGAAAGGUUUUCCAUACUGGCCGGCGAAAGGUAUGUCACUGAACAUUGGCUCGGGUCAAGUGGAUGUCCGGUUCUUCGGCGCGCACGACCGCGCCUGGGUCCCCGCCAAAGACUGCUUCUUGUACUCCGAGAGAGAUCCCAAUAACUUCCGCACCAAGAGGCAGGAUCUACUUGAUAGUAUACAGGAAGCAGAAGAUCACAUUCGUAAUAUAUCGAAAAAGUUUGGAAAGUUUGUGCAUCCGCCGUUCAAAACACAGUUUGAACCAAGCAAAUUAAAUGAACAAAUUAAACUUAUGAUACCAAACUUCGACGGGGAAAUAAAAAUGCCAGCUAAAGAGAGAUUAUCGAUUGCUUCGCCGAAGAUUAAAGAAAAGCGAGGGCGCUCGAGAUCUAAGAGUGUCAGAUGUGAAACUAGUGAUACUGAAGACUCAAGAUCUACACCCCAGAAAUUGGCGGAGAACGCAACUGAAAGAGAAAUUACAGCAACACCGAGCACAGAUUCAUCUGUAGAGAAAAACAAACUCGACAAAGCUGCAAUUCCUGAUCAGAGUAAGCAAGUAGAGAUUAGUAGAAAGCGUCGUAGGUCAGGUUUACAAGAAGCUAGCAUUAUUACUAUAAUGGAGACAAGUACUAAAGAAAAACGGAAGCGUCCGGAUAAUAAUUCUAACCAUGUAGUCGAUAAACAACACACUGCAAAAGUUUCUGAUAAGCUUAAAUCUAAGCAUAAUGAAAAUCCAGAGAAAGUAAAGGAAAUUUCUACCGAGGAAAUGGAUGUUGACAUAGAGAGUGAUGGUGUUAAUAAAUUCGUGAAAAACGUGAAAGAAAAGGAAGUCCUUUCCCAAGAAACAACACCCAUUGCGCCAAAAAUUAAGUCUACACCUAAAGAAAAUGUUAAAGAAAAACUAGACAAAUCAAUAACAAUGCCCAAACAAAAACCAAACAAAGGAAAGCAAUCGAACGUAAAUGACAAAGAAAAAAAGGAAGAAAAGAGUAAAACUCCAAAAGAUAAAACUUCAAGAAAAAAAUCAACCAACGUUGUUGUAAGAGAGAUAUUACCGAUGAAUAGCAGCAGUAGUUCUGAUAAUAUUCACAAUUCCUAUAUGAAUAAGUCCAAGAAGAAAGUUAAAGAAUUAGAUUUUGAAAAAUCUAUUGAAACGAACGUAAUACCUAAAAGAAGUUCGACACCUAAUCGAUAUGCUAGAGAUUGUAUACUGUUUGAUGAUGAUGUGUGCUUAGCUGUUCUGGCUCAGAAAACGGCAGAAGCCAAUACUAUGACCCAAAUGCCUACUAUCAGUAGUGUAAGAAGUCUUUCGGUGACUCAGGAGACUAAUACACCAAAAAGCAGUAUAAUAACAACAGUAACUAGUUCUAGCAAUACAAUUCAAAGUUCAGGCGGUGGCGUGUUAAAUAAAAUUGACAAUGCACUGCAAAAAAAAGUUGAACAAUCCGUAGUCGGCCGUGUCGGAGUGCGAGCGUUUGCCAGAAUGAAGUCCCCUGAGAAAUCGCCGCAGCCACCGAGAGCUAUGGACGUUGAGAUCAAAGCGGAACCGCUUGACUUGGACGAUGCAGACCGCCAAAUUGAGAAGAUGGAUUUAAUGAACGCUUUCAAACUCCGUCCCGUCAAUCCGCCGGUUAAUAACUUGCGGGAGAUGACGAUAAAUAAAGUUGUAGUAGGUCCAAUGAGUCGAAAGACUGCGUCGAAGCCGCCUGAAGUUCGAGUAAGAGCUAAAAAAUCGUUUCCUCAGCCAAAGAAGCCUGAGGAAGGAAGGUUGGACUUAAAUUCUAAGAAUUCAAUGGUUUACAUCCCCAUACAGCCGCCGACCACUCAAGCGCCUGUUCGAAUAAGUAAAACUAUAACAAUCAAUACCAGCAAUAAUUUAUCCGUUGUGAGAACUCAAGCCUCUUCAACAACUACUGUUAGCGCUAGCAACACAGUUAGCACUGUGACUGCACCCGUAAGCCAGACAGUGAUCGGUUCCAGCGCUGCUCUCAACAACACAUCAACCACCACAGUGAUAUCAAACACCCCAACAUCCAACGUUGAUCAACAUCCACCAUUGACAACAGUGUCCAACAGUGUACCCUCGGUUGGCCAACUACCAGCUAACCCUCAGAUUCACACAAUGCCGGUGAUAACUCCAAUAAAUGGCCAAUGGACAUUGAGCUUACAACCGUUCAUGUCUGUAGGUGCUGUUGAUGGAGCCCCCAAUACUCAAAUGGUAAAUGGUGGAGUGGAGCGCAAUAACCAGGGCCUGGUGUCGGUCCCUUCGCCCGUCAACCUCGCGUCACUCUUGCCACAGCUGAACUCUUCAGUCAUUCAGAGGACAGAGGACGUCACACCGGAGCUGCCGCGUCUCCAGCCGCGGCCGCUCGUGAACCCGUUCGAGCGCGGCGCGGCCGCGGCCGGCGUGCCUGUACCUUCAGCUGCGGGCCCCGUCACAGCCAAGAUCAACCAGAACGCCGCUAAGUUAACGGAUUUCUUUCGAACGGUUCUUGAAGAUUCACUGGACAAAAUCGAUGACCCGGUCGCGGCGGCAACCUCGUACAGGUUGCAACUAGAGCAAGUCCAGUGGAAGCACCAGCAGGAGCUUAAGGAGUUGAGGUACAACUUUGAGUUGACUGUUAACGAGAUGCGAGCUGUCUUUGAGAAGGACAAGGCUCGCGCUCUGGCCGACGCGAGGCGAUCCGCGCAGGCGGAACUUGAGUCUAAUGUAAAAGCAGUCAAACACAAACAGUGGUGCUCGAGCUGCGGCCAGGAGUCGCAGUACUACUGCUGCUGGAACACCUCGUACUGUGACUACACGUGCCAGAGAGUGCACUGGCCCAAACACCAGCCCUAUUGCGCACAGAAGGCACAGGUCAUUAUUUAUUGCGGAUUUAUAAUUAGUAAAUCCGAAGGUUUAGCUGUUAAGAAUCAUUGA